AUGAACCCGGGGGUGAGGCCGGGAAUGAGGCUGGGGAUGAAGCCGGGGGUCCCGGCGCCUCCCGCCCCCCCUCUGGGAACCGACUUUGUGUGUUUCAGCUGCGGCGGCUCCCCUGAGGAUGCAGCGGGCGCGGCUGCCCGGCCGCUCGGCGUCGGCGGGGACGCGCCCUGCGGAGGACUGAGCCCCCCGGCCCCCCUGCCCGCGGCCACCAUGAACACCAACGUGUGCGUGGAGAGCGGCCCCAACCCCGAGGCGCCGGGGCUGCCCAAGGACAGCCACCUGCCCGAGGGGGCCCUCAACAGCCUUGUGGAUUACAACUCGGAGAUGGAGAGGUACCGCUCCUUCGCCACCUUCUACAAGACCAACGGCGGCGCCUUCCCGCAGGCGGCCAAGAUCGCCCGCAUCACCACCCCCAUCUUCCCCAGCGCCGCCGCCGCCGCCGCCGCCCGCAUCGGCAUGUCCCCCUGGAACUGCGACACCGCCACCGCCGCCGCCGCCACCGCCAUGCUCUGGGGCAGCGGCGGCGGCGGCGGCGGCGGCGCGGCGAGGAAGCCUUCCUCCUCCUCCUCCUCCUCCUCCUCCUCGUCCUCCGCCGCCGCCGCCGCCGCGGCCGCCGCCGCCGCCUCGUCGCUGCACGCCGGCAGGGGCAGCAUGCACCACCGGAGCGACUCGCAGCGGCUGGGCAAGCCCGGCUGCGCCCCCGGCGAGCAGCCGGCGCUGCCCAUGGCCAACAACAACUUCCUCUCCAGCCUGGCCCCCGAGCACUGCCGGCCGCUGGCGGGCGAGUGCAUGAACAAGCUCAAGUGCGGCGCUGCCGAAGCCGACAUCAUGAACCUCCCCGAGCGCGUCGGCACCUUCUCGGCCAUCCCGGCGCUGGGCGGCCUCUCGCUGCCGCCGGGGGUCAUCGUCAUGACGGCCCUGCACUCCCCCGCCGCGGCCUCGGCGGCCGUCACAGACAGCGCCUUCCAGAUCGCCAACCUGGCGGACUGCCCGCAGAGCCACGCCUCGGCCGCCCCCGCCUCCGCCCUGGGCGCCGCCGCCGGGGCGGGGGGCGGCGGGGGCGGUGGCGGAGGCGGCGGGGGCGGCGGC